CCGCUCAGUCUCUCAUCCCCUGCAGACAUGCGUCUCCAUCUUCAAAGCCUUCUGGAUCUCAAGGAAAAGCAACUUCAACAGGCGGGCACGCUCGGGCAGCGCGUCCUUGCGCAGCAGCUGGAGCUCGAGGAGAAAGUCAGGCUGCUGCAAGAGAUGGAGACUGAUCGAGGGGAGGACGAGGAUCUCGAUGCGGACAUGCGGGAGAGGUAUCGUGAGCUUGCGGAGACGAUCAAGGCCUGGGACGAGGAGAACUCGCAGAUCUCGAGCGCGUUCGGG